AUGGAUUCAUCUUUCUUUCUCAAUCUCAUUCUUUCUUUCUUUCUUUCUUACUUUUUUCUUUCUUUCUUUCUUUCUUUCUUUGUUUCUUUCUUACUUUUUUCUUUCUUUCUUUCUUUCUUUCUUUCUUUUUUUUUUUCUUUCUUUCUUUCUUUGUUUCUUUCUUACUUUUUUCUUUCUUUCUUUCUUUCUUUCUUUCUUUCUUUCUUUUUUUUUUUUCUUUCUUUGUUUCUUUUUUUUUUUUCUUUCUUACUUUUUUUUUCUUUCUUUUUUUUUUUUUCUUUUCUUUCUUUCUUUCUUUUUCUUUUUUUCUUUUCUUUCUUUCUUUUGUUUUUUCUUUUUUUUUCUUUCUUUUCUUUCUUUACUUUUUUCUUUUCUUUCUUUCUUUGUUUCUUUCUUUACUUUUUUUUUUUUCUUUCUUUCUUUGUUUCUUUCUUUUUUUUUUCUUUUCUUUCUUUCUUUCUUUCUUUCUUUGUUUCUUUCUUCUUUUUUCUUUCUUUUCUUUCUUUCUUUCUUUCUUUGUUUCUUUCUUUUUCUCUUCCUAUUUUCUUUUUUACUUUCUUACAUAGCUUGUUAAUUUCUUUCUUUCUUUAUUAUUUCUUUCUUUUUUGCACGCAAGAUUUUCCAUCUCGUUUCUCUCUUCUCUCUCUCUCUCUCUCUCUCACUUUUCUAUAUUUUCUUUGUUUCUCGCCAUUUUUUAUCAUCGCUUUCCCCCCCUCACUCAUCGUGGUUUUACUUCGUUUUCCUUAUGAGCUGCGGUUAAUUUCUUUUUCAUUUCCUUUUACUCAUUCUUUUUUCUUCGUUCAUUAUUCAUUUUCAUUAACGACCAUUUUUUCUCCAUUUUUCUUUCCUCUCUCUUCUCUUCAAUUAGUGUCUUUUAUUCCUCUUUUUCUUCUUACCUUUCUCCCCCUUUCUUUCCUGCGAUCAUUUUUACCUCUUGCUUUUGUUUUCCUCACCUCUUUCCUUCCUUACAUGCUUCAUUCCUUUAAUCAAAUAUUUCGUGACACUCAAUUCAAAAAAGAAUUUAAUUCUGGAACCAAAGGAAGCGAUGGGUAA